AACUAGAUUUUGCUAUGAAUGAUUACAUUAUUACUGAAGUUUUAAACUUAUGUCUCUAGAGACUAGAUCUAUAUAGAUCUAGAUAUCUAGUCUAGACCUCUAAAAUCUAUCUAUAUAGAUCUAGAGAUCUAAAAUGCUUAAAAAAUUUAGCGAUGCACAAACCGUAGAUAUUUUCAAAGAUGAAAGAGAUGGUAAACUAAGAGAAGUUGGCAAUCAAGCUGUCUGGUCACUUUCUUCCUGUAAACCGGGUACGGCGGGUUUUGGUGUGGAACAGCUGCGCGAAGAAUCAAAUGAAACCUACUGGCAAUCAGACGGACCACAGCCUCACACUGUAAGCAUUCAAUUCAGGGGAAAAACUACACUACAAGAUGUUUGCAUAUAUGCUGAUUACAAAUCAGAUGAAAGCUACACACCAAAUAGGCUAUCUAUUCGAGCUGGUAACCAUGCCAAUGAUUUGGUGGAAAUUGAACAGGUGGAGCUGAGUGAGCCUACUGGGUGGGUGUGCAUACCAUUGAAAGAUGUGCAUGACAAACCUAUCAGGACUUUCAUGAUACAGAUAGCUGUGCUCAGUAACCAUCAGAAUGGCAGAGACACUCACAUAAGGAGAAUCAAAGUCAGAUCCCCUGUUAACUAUGGUGAUGUGCCUUACCCCAAUGCUAGUAAUAUGACCUUGAAAAAUUUGGCAUUUACCAUAAGGUGACAUUUCACACAUGCAUCAAUGUAAAAAAUUGACUUGUAAAUAUUUGUUUGAAAGAUUUAUUUUUUUUUUGCAGUAUUUCAUAAGUUGCA